AUGGCCGAAUUCAAGCUUUCGGCUUCUCUUACUGGUCACGAAGAUGAUGUCCGCUCUCUAGUCUUCCCCACCCCCAAAGCGAUUAUUUCAGCUUCCCGAGACGGCACUGUUCGAUUAUGGUCCCUUUUGGCAGACAACCCUCCCGUCUACGAUGCCAAAAUCUCCUCUCACGCCCCACGAUUUGUUAAUUCAGUCGCCUACCUCCCUCCAAACGAAGAAUACACUGAAGGCCUGGUGGUAUCUGGAGGAAAGGAUCUGGUUAUUGACAUUCGGCCGCCUUCGAAAGCCCCAGAGGACAACGCUGAUGCGAUGCUCAUUGGACAUGGCGACAACGUCUGCGCGCUGGAUGUCUCCCCAGAUGGCAAAUUCAUUGUCAGUGGAUCAUGGGAUAAUGAUGCGAGGGUAUGGCCGAUUGGAAAAUGGGAAUGCGAAGCUACACUCCACCAUGAAGGCAAUGUCUGGGCAGUCUUGGCUUUUGAUCCGGAAACAAUUGUUACCGGUUGCGCAGACAAGAAGAUUCGAAUAUUUCACAGGUCGGGAAAGCUGUUGAAGUCGUGGCAAGGGAGCAAGCACCCCAUUCGAGCUCUGUGUCGAGUUCCAAAAGGCCAUCCUUCCAAAGCAGACUUUGCCUCGGCCGACAAUGAUGGAUCCAUCGCACUUUGGACACUGGGAGGCAAGCAAAUCGCCACCCUUUUCGGCCACGAAGGUUUCAUCUAUUCAUUGGCCGCUCUCCCUACCGGAGAAAUUGUCAGCUCGGGCGAGGACAGAACACUCAGAAUAUGGAAAGGCACGGAAUGCAUACAAACCAUCACCCACCCGGCUAUUUCUGUUUGGGCAGUGGCUGUUUGUGCGGAAACCGGAGAUAUUGUCAGCGGGACGAGUGAUAGAUUUGUCCGCGUCUUCACAAGGAGCCCGGAGAGGUUGGCUGAUGCCGAAACGAUUCGAAAAUUCGAGGAUGCGGUGAAGGAGUCUUCGAUUCCCCAACAGCAAAUGGGGGGGGUCAAUAUGGAGCAAUUACCUGGACCGGAGUUCUUAGCGACAAAGCUGGGUACCAAGGAAGGACAAGUUCAGAUGAUCCGAGAGUUGAAUGGAAGUGUCACUGCGCAUCAGUGGUCUGCUAGCCAACAGCAAUGGAUCAGUGUUGGAACUGUUGUUGAUGCCGUGGGGAGCAGUGGGAAGAAGGUUGACUAUCUGGGGAAGGACUACGACUAUGUCUUCGAUGUCGAUAUCGAAGAUGGCAAGCCUCCUUUAAAGUUACCGUACAACCUUUCACAAAAUCCCUACGAAGCAGCAACAAAGUUCAUUCAAGACAACGAACUUCCCAUCACCUACCUGGACCAAGUCGCCAAUUUCAUCACAACAAAUACAAAAGGAGCAACGAUUGGCCAGGUAGAACCAGGCCCAGCUGGUUCGGAUCCAUGGGGAAGUGAUAAUCGAUACCGACCAGGAGAAGCCAGCAUACCUACCGUCGCCCCUCCGCCUAAGAUCCUGCCGCAAAAAGAGUACCUCGCAAUCCUCGUUGCUCGAAUUCCGCCACUUCAAAAGAAGGUCCAGGAGUUGAAUCAGGCAUUGAUUGCUGGUGGUCACAAGGAUUUGUCGCUGAACCCAACAGAACUCAAGGUUCUCUCCAGUUUGGCCACCCACCUCGAGUCUUCUGGCGCAACGAAAACAUCACAGAGCGUUCCCGGAGGUCUGGACCUUGCAAUCAAGCUCACCACAGUCUGGCCCUAUAAGGACCGCCUACCGGGUCUCGACCUUCUGCGGCUGUUGGCCGUAGCACCCAUGACAGCAAGCUUCAAGCAUCCCCGUGGUGGAAGCAUAGUCGAUGUCCUCGAGCAAGGAGCAACAGAGACUCAAUCUCCAGCAGAAAACCACGUGAUGAUGGCCGUCCGCGCCUUCGCCAAUCUCUUUGAAUCAGCAGAAGGCCGAGCGCUGGCAAUACAGGAGUUCGACAAGAUCCAGAACGUCAUUACUACAGCCCUCUCCAACACAUCGAACCGAAAUCUUCUUGUUGCGGCAAGCACGGUGUACAUCAACUACGCCGUUUAUUUCAAGACCCAGCCCGAGGAAACGUCUUUUGAGCACGUUCUUGCGGUUCUCGAUACACUUUCCAAGGUCCUUUCAACACAGAACGAUUCUGAGGCUGUGUAUCGAGCGCUGGUUGCUACUGGGACGUUGCUCACGCUUGACGAUGAGAUCAAGAGCGCGGCGAAGGAUGUUUAUGGGAUUGAGAAAGCGGUUAGUACUGCAGUGGGAAAGGCAAGUGAUCCGCGGAUCAGGAAUGUGGCAGGAGAGAUUAGAGGCUUAUUGAAAUGA